GCUUUCAUUGGUAAUGUGUCAGGUCCUCUUGAGGGUUUAUUUUGGGCGGUCUCUCGGCGCUGACUUAUCUCACCAACAGGGGCUUCUGUGUUAACUGAGGCUGAAUAAACACAGAUGAACUGUCGAGCACAUUCACAAAAAUGUCCUGGCAAUGUCUGCCUGACUUCACGGGACUCUUGGACACCACAGGAGAAGCACGUCACCUCAAAAAUACACUGACAUGGAGUUUUAAACAAGCGACGCAGACAUGCUCGUCCUAGAAGACUUGACUGCAGCUGACAGAGCGCUGGUUUGACACUUACAGCGUGCUUUGUGUAUCACCUCUCAACAACAUUUAUCUUCCUUUCAUUUUUUUUAUUGGACUUUUAGUCAGGGUGGACAUCCGAAAUGAAGAAUCCACAUCUAAACGGUCAUUGCAAGAUCCUAAACACGGUAUCAGGAGACAAGAAAUUUAAACGGAAAUCACGAGAUCCAAUUAAGCGUGUCAGUGAAGAUCAUUUGCCUUACUUUAAACUGUAUAAGAACUCGCAUCUAAUGCCAGAGACACUGGGAGACGCUUGUCCAAAAGAGACGCACGCUUCGGAAAUCGACGCGGCGAGUGUCGGAAACGAAAUUUUAAAUACUGCCAUAGAUAUGAGGAUUAACACCGUGAUUUCUGGAGAGAUACCUGACUCGAAGCUAAGAUCCAUCUCCGAGAAGACUGUCAAUAGCAAAAUUGCUCAAACAAACUCGCAUGUUUCGGCUUUGAGCGGUUCACAGGUUUUUCCCUUGGAGCGUGUUGUGUUUUCUCCGCGCGCAGCCUCGCAGGCGCCUGACGCCAGCGGCAGAAGCGAGCGCGCGGAGUCUCCUAGGAGACGCACUGGAGAGCCGUCGGGCGUCGUCACGGAGAUCAAAGCCAUUCAGCAGACACGAAGACUACUGGCGAACGCGCGCGAGAGGACGCGCGUGCACACCAUCAGUGCAGCCUUUGAGGCGCUCAGAAAGCAGGUACCCUGCUACUCUUAUGGGCAGAAGCUUUCCAAGCUGGCUAUAUUAAGAAUAGCUUGCAACUACAUACUGUCCCUUGCUCAGCUUGCCGACCUGGACUAUUCGCCAGACCACCACAACGUGAGCUUCAGAGAGUGUGUGGAGCAGUGCACUAGAACUCUGCAGGCCGAGGGUCGCUCCAAGAAAAGGAAGGAAUAAAAUGAAGAAUGUCUUCUGUGAAUUUGGAGAAAGAAGGAACUCAAUCAAUUAAGAUGAAGACACUUUCCCCAUGCGGG